GAUCUAUUUGAGGAGAGAAAUACCUUGUCCACUUUUGGACGCUUUGACAUUUUUUAGGGAGGUAGUAGCAGUAGAAAUAGGGGUCUACCAUUACCAACGUGAGACUACUAAAACUUUCAUCUUUCUUCUUCUUCCUCAUCUUCUUCUUCAACUAAAAGUUAAAGGCUAUAUGAAUCUACUUAUCUUCUUUUAAUGAAAAGCAAACAAAGAAAAGAGAGAGGAAAACAACUCCUCCUUCACCUCCAUUAGGAAAGGUGGUAGAUUUACAGUGAGAUUAGCUUUAAAGAGAAACUCAUUGUCACUGGUCAAAAGGGCUAUCUUUUUCUUCACAGCCGUAGUUGUGGGUUUUAUGUUAAAAAAAACUUCAGCUCUCUCUGGCUAUGUUCUGACUCUGUUACAGCAAAAUGAUCACUUUAAAGGGGACUAGUUACUGAAAGCUCUGACUUUGCUACCUAUGCAAAACGACAACUUUGGUGCUUCAGAUUAUCAGAGCCUCUAAUUUGAGAGGACUCCAAUAAACCUUUUGGUCUUUUUGGGGGUGUACUAUUGUAGUGGAUCUGUCUGGUUUUCAUCUCUGAAAUACUCAUUCCAUCAUUGCUCAUUUUGCUAUGGAUUCUAGUGUGCUGGGAUUUCACGGGAGUGAAGAUAGUAAAAUGCUGGGACUCAAAGUGAUUCCAAUACACAAGCGUUCAAAGAGCUUUCCAGAUAAAAAAAAGGUUGAGGAAGAUGAGUUUGGUUCUUCCAUGGAAGCAUCAAACCGUGUCAAACUGGACAUGGGGCACUUGAAGGCCUGUGUAACCACUAACAAGAAGCAAUCCCCCAAAAAAGAAGUGCACAACUCUUUGAAGCAAGAGAUUCAGCAGCUUGAAAAAAGAUUACAAGACCAAUUUCAAGUUCGCUCUAAUUUAGAGAAAGCAUUGGGUUAUAGAUCCUCCACACAUGAAUAUAUAAGUGAUGUUGAAAUGCCUAAGCCGGCGACAGAACUAAUUAAGGAGAUUGCAGUAUUAGAAGUGGAAGUUAUGCAUUUGGAACAAUAUCUUCUCGCAUUAUACCGGAAAGCAUUUGAUGGGCAAGCAACCACUGUUUCUCCUCCUGCCAAGGAUGGAAGAUCAAAAUCACCUCUUACCACCCCAACAAAAAGUCUUUUGGAUGCUACCAAAGCUGGUCUGAUAUCAAAGAGGGAAAGUUUGGCUGUUCCAUCUGGUUUUCAAUUACUUGAAAAUCCAUGGAAGGAGUCAAAUGGAAUAGGAAGAGAGGAGAGGAUUUUAGAUUCUAGUGUUCACCGUUGUCACUCAUCAUUGACACAACUUUCUGCAUUCUCAACUAGAACUUCUCCUCCAGGAGAGUCUUCAGCUAAAGCUGUGCGUUACUGUCACUCUCAACCAUUGGCCAUGAUGGAGUAUGCUCAGAAUGCUUCAUCAAACAUAAUCAGUCUAGCAGAACAUCUUGGCACACGCAUUUCAGAUCAUAUUCCAGAGACACCUAAUAGGCUCUCAGAGGAUAUGGUCAAAUGUAUUUCAACUAUAUUUUGCAAGCUUUCAGACCCACCAUUGACACACAAUGGUCUUUCAUCUCCCAUUUCAUCUCUGUCAUCAGUGAGUGGUUUUUCUCCAAGAGAGCAAUGCGACAUGUGGAGUCCAGGUUUCAGGAAUAACUCGUCUUUUGAUGUACGUUUGGACAAUCCUUUUCAUGUGGAAGGACUGAAAGAGUUUAGUGGGCCAUACAGCACCAUGGUUGAAGUGCCAUGGAUCUAUAGAGAUAGUCAAAAGUUAGGUGACAUUGAUCAUUUGUUACAAAAUUUCAGGUCUCUGAUCACUAGGCUAGAGGAAGUUGAUCCAAGAAAGUUGAAAUAUGACGAAAAGCUGGCCUUCUGGAUCAACAUACACAAUGCCUUAGUGAUGCAUGCAUAUUUGGCAUAUGGAAUUCCACAAAACAGUGUAAAGAGGGUCUUUUUACUCCUGAAGGCUGCUUAUAACAUCGGGGGUCACACAAUCAGCGCAGACACCAUUCAAGGUUCUAUACUUGGAUGCCGUAUGUCUCGUCCUGGACAGUGGCUGCGGUUGUUACUUUCUCCAAGAACAAAAUUUAAGGCUGGAGAUGAGCGGCAAGCAUAUGCAAUUGACCACCCAGAACCUCUUCUACACUUUGCACUCUGUUCAGGAAGCCAUUCUGAUCCUGCAGUUCGGGUUUACACACCCAAAAGAAUAAUGCAAGAACUGGAAUCUGCAAAAGAAGAGUACAUAAGAGCAAGUUUUGGGGUGCGCAAGGACCAGAAAAUUCUUAUACCAAAGAUCGUAGACUCUUUUGCAAAGGAUUCAGGUUUGUGUUCUGGUGGUGUUUUGGAGAUGAUCCAGCAGACAUUGCCUGAAUCUCUAAGAAAGAGUGUUAAGAAAUGUCAAAGUGGGAAAUCGCGUAAGGCCAUCGAGUGGAUUCCUCACAAUUUUGCUUUUCGGUAUCUGAUAUCCAAAGAGCUAGUGAAGUGAGUUUAGGAUUCAGAUUUUUACAUAAUUAUCUCUUUUUUGAUUUGUACAAAGUAGAAUAUGAAGUUCAUCCAAAAAAAGAAAGAUAAGAAUGGUGCAAAAUGUAGCGUUUUGUUAUCUGCAUUUUGUAAUCACCAUCUUACAAUAUUAUGCUGUGAAAAAUCAUUUUGUGAUUGCUGUAAAACCCUGUAUGAGUUGAUAUCAUUGCAUUAGUUACCACUGUAAAUGAAAAUCAUGUAUUGGAUUGAUUCCAUUAGCCAUCUUGAAUGUUAAAAGUAAGGGCCAAAGAAGAAGAAAUUUAUUAUGA